GUACAUUUUUAUCUUUUGUUUUAAACUCUGAUGGUCCAUAAUGAAUGAGCUUGUCUGUUAAGUUCAUUUAACCCUAUUAACCCUAAUUUAACCCUUUUAUAGUUGUUCUAAGCUGACUAGGCAUAUUAAACCUUUAGAAAUGUUGAAGUAAUUUUAAAGUUAAUAGAUGUCGAGAGUCAAAUUCAAAAACAAAACAAUGUUCAGAAUGUAGGAUGAAAAAAUGAGACUGCUGUUCAUCAUGGUAAACCUUCUAAUAAGGGCAAAUGUUGAUGCUAGGAUGAACUCUACUGGAAUACUUGAGCAAGUGCAUAAUCUGUAUACAAGUCAUUCAUGGCUCUUUUUAUCAGUGGUAAACCUAAUUCUCUGUGAUGAUCUUGAUGAACUUGUUGCUGGAGCACUUUCUCUCCAUUAUUCAACUUUCUCACAAUUGAAUUUAAAGCCAAACAAGAUAAAAAAUUUUUCGGCAUUAAAUCUUGAUGGUUCAGCCAUAAUUUUCUGCAAACUUCCUGCUGAGGUGGAAAUGAAGGUUAAUGAGGCUCAUGCUUUUUUUCUAACAGACAAUGAACAGUUUGUUAAAAGGUUUUUAAUGGAUGGACAAGAGAACAAAAAAUUCUUGGUUAAAAACAACUCUGAAGUAUUUGAAGUCAAAACAAUUCAGUCUGUGUACAACAGCAUCACCAUCAAUAUUCCUAUUUCUCAUGGACAAGUGGAAACUAGAGUUGACUUGCAUGGUAUAAGAAUGACUGUGGGUCAUCUAAUAUCACCCUACGUCAAGUUUGAUGGGGAAGUGUUUGAUGGAUCAAUCGGAGGAAUAUUUCACACAAUGAGCACACUAAUGAACUUCACAUAUUCAUCUAUUCCAUCUAUUGAUGGAUUUUAUGGAGCUAAAGUCCCCGGUGGAGUAAUAAACAGAGGAAAGGUUUCCCAAUUCAAUGGAUUAAUUGGAAUGCUUGAGAGAGGUGAAAUAGAUGUUGCUGUUACUGAUCUUUCUUUAACUUAUGCAAGAAAACAGGUAGCAGAUUUUGGUGGAAAAAUGAUUCUUCAAUCAACAAUGUGCUUAAUGGCUAAACCUGGAACUGAACUUGAGUUUACGGCAUUCUUUAAACCACUGAAACCGAUGAUAUGGGUUUAUGUGUUCUGUUCUGCUGGAGGUUUAUCCCUCUUUCUCUUGUUGCUUGCCAUAUUCUCAUAUAAACAAACUUCAGUUUUAGAACAGGGGAGCCUAGUUCUAGACCUUGUUGGUUUCUCUUUAAGAACUUUAGGAGCUGCAGAGACCUUUCUGCUUCCUGAGAAAAGGUUUAAGAAAGCCUGGAGAGUAUGUAUGCUAACCUAUCUAAUUCUUGGAUUCUUUGUGGUAGAAACAUACAAAGCAGAACUUACAUCUUAUCUAACCAGCAAAACUGCAAAGUUGCCGAUCCAAAGAAUGGAAGACAUUUUAGAUACUGAUAUAAAGCUAUCUUUGCCAGCUGGAUCAUUCUAUGUCACCGAACUUGAGUUUUCAGAAAAGGCAAUCUUUAAAAGGCUGUGGGAUGAAAAGGUUACAGGGAAUCAGUAUGGAAUAAUAAAAUGGGGUGAAGGAGAAACAGAAACUAUACUAACUGCUAUUAGAAAUAAUUAUCUAGUUUUGGGUUUUGGUGAUGAUGCUUUGAAUCUUAUUGAUAAGUAUCCAUGUGAGGUGGCUAGGAUAGCUGAAGAUCCCGUCCUACCAACACAAAUUGGAAUCUAUUUAAGCAAAAAUUCCCCGUUCACUCAUCUUUUUCAGAAACAGCUAAGUGUACUGCAGGAAACAGGAGUUGUUAACACUAUUAUUGAGAAAAGCAAAAGCGGAAAUCAAGGAACUGCGACAUGUAACAAUUCCAAUCUGAUCCUGGGUAUUCAGAGCACAGUUUUCCUGUUUCUGGUAGUAGGAGUUGGUGUUGUUCUUUCCUGUUUUAUCUUCAUUGUUGAAUUUAUCCUGUUUGCUGUUCAACCGUUUAUCUAAACUCCCUGUUCAUAAAGCUCUGUAUAAUUGUUAUUUAAGUUUGAUUAACUGUAUUGAUGUUAUGAUGGAGAAUACAUAAUGUUGCUGAUUUAAACACAAAUAAAACCUGCAAAAAAACAAAAAGUAAGGAUGGAUGGAUAUUUGAAAUCGUAAACUGUUUCUCAAAAAAGUAAAAUUUUAAAUAAUUUGCCAGAUUUUUUACACGUUUUUGCACAUCAGCUGGAUUUUGUAAAAAUUUUGGAUUUUGCCAAAAGUAUGACACGAAGUAAAAAGGAGAAAUAGUAAAUCUUUUUUUUCAAGGCAUGAACAUAUUGUUAGAGCAUAAAUAUAGACAUUUAGAAUAGGAAGAGGACAAGCAAUAUUUAAUACACGAACAAACAAAUAUUUUGAGCGAAGGUUGGCAUUAUGUACUGUAUACAAU